UGUUUAUUUCCGCUUUUUAAAAAACGUGUUCUUUUACCGACUGAAAUAGUGAAGCUUUAAAAGAUACAUGUAUAUCUGUGUGUUCUCAAAAUAAAACAGAUUUUUAAAAGACACAAACCUAAUCAUUGUAACAGCCGUUUUUGCUGUCACAUCACUGUAAAUAAACAGCUGGAACGCGAUUCUUAGUACAGGCAGACACAUUAUUGGGAUUUCAAUGACAGAGGGAACUGAAUGGAGUAGCGGCAUUCCUCCUCUGAUUUUCGCUCGCGCGGUUCUCUGAUCCACAUCUCCGCUGUCAAUGUUAACCCCGUUGGUAUUUUAAAGCUCUGUUUCGUAGAAAGUCAUAGCCAUAUUCUGAGGUUUAUUCAUUGGGGCGUUUUCCGGUCAGAACCAAGACAACAAAGCAGCGGCUAGCUAAAAGCAACUGUCGACAUAGAUUAGCUUGCUAGCCAAACGCGUCCUGCUGCUUCUUGUUUCAAGCUCCAGCUCAGACAGAUCGGGUGAAUCAGGAUGGGGGAGAACAUUCCGGAGGAAGUGAUGAAGAACUCCGCUCUGGUGAGGGAACUGGCAGAUGUGGCAAAAGACGAAGCUCUCCUCCAGGGGGUCCUGAUGAGGAUCCAGGAGAGCCCCAACUCAUCUGAGUUGGUCACCUACGCCCCGUUCACGCUCUUCCCCUCACCUGUGCCCAAAGCCGUCUUCCUGCAGGCCCUGGAAGUCCAGACUCACUUCAACACACUUGUGGACAAGAUCAGCCAGGACUCAGACUUCCUCCAAGAGGCUUUGGCAAACACCGUUGAGGUGGACGACUUCACUGCCAGGUUGUUCAGGAUCCACCAGCAGAUCCUUGAAGAAGGACGGUCUCAGAAGAUCGUGUUGGGACUCAACCGCUCUGAUUACAUGCUGGAUCAGCGCGAAGACGGGACGUCCGCUCUGAAGCAAAUAGAGAUCAACACGUUUGCUGCCAGUUUUGGAGGCCUCUCUUCACGCACUCCAGACGUACACAGACACAUCCUGAAGGUGGCAGGAAGGCCCGAGGAGAGCCGGCAGAUCCUGGACAACAACCCUGCAGCUGGACUGGCCAGGGCUGUGGCUAAAGCCUGGGAGCUCUACGGAUCAGAGAGAGCCUUCGUCAUGUUUUUGGUGGAAGAGGUGCAGAGGAACAUCUUUGAUCAGCGAUACGUUGAGAGUGAACUGUGGAGGAGAAAUAUUCCCACAAUCAGGAAGCGCUUCGACGAUGUCUGUAGAUCGGGAUCAUUGGACCAGGACAAAAGGCUGUUUGUGGAUGGAAAGGAGGUGGCUGUGGUCUACUUCAGGAACGGUUACAUGCCGCAGAACUACACGUCUGAAGAGUGCUGGGACGCUCGCCUCAUGAUGGAGCGAUCCCGCGCCGUGAAAUGUCCGGACAUCAGCACUCACUUAGCCGGAACCAAGAAGGUCCAGCAGGUUCUCGCCAGGCCGGGAGUUGUGGAGAAGUUCUUCCCGGAUCAGCCUGAAGCCGUGAAACAGAUCCGGGCGACGUUCGCCGGCCUCUACACCCUCGACAUGGGACCAGAGGGGGACCAAACAGUGGAGAUGGCCUUGGCGGCGCCAGACCGCUACGUCCUGAAGCCCCAACGGGAAGGAGGAGGAAACAACAUCUACGGCGCGGAGAUCCGUCAGGUCCUGGAGGGCCUGAAGGACGCCACGCAGCGGACGGCGUACAUCCUGAUGGACAAAAUCAACCCCGCCCCCGUGCAGAACUACCUGCUGAGGCAGGGCGGCCCCCUCACCCUCAGCAACUGCCUGAGUGAACUGGGGGCGUUUGGAGCCUAUGUGAGACACGGCGCCGACAUGAUCAUGAACGAAUGCGUGGGUCAUCUGCUGAGAACCAAGAGUUCGGAGCACUCUGAUGGGGGCGUGGCAGCGGGCGUGGCCGUCCUGGACAAUCCGCUCCUGAUCUGAAGGCGAAGGGUCGUGGAGGUCACACGGCGCCAGACCGCCGGACGUCUCUGCUGUCACGAACGCGGUUCAGGUGGACGGCUGGGAAUUUUCCUAAUCACUUUUUGAUUUCUGAAUUAUUAAUAAUGUUGAGUUGCAGCUUUUGAAAUGAAAUCAGUCAAAUUGAAAAAGCUGCAUUUAGAAUCUGGGAGGGAGAAAUCAAAACUCUUUUAUUUUGUUUGAUUUAAAAAAAAAUCUUCAAAUCCACAUUUACAAUCAGCACAUUUUGUAAUCUUUUUCGUAAAUCCUGACUGUUAUUCAGACUGAAACGUUUUCAUUUGGGCUUUCAGUGGCGCCACCUUGUGCCUCUAAUGUGUCACUUCAUGCUUAAACAGCACAGUCGUGCGUUUUCAUGCCGACGAGCUGCUGUUCUUACUGGACCUGCUUAAGCGGCCGGAUGAAAAGAGGUCAGCGUUGAAGCUCAGAGUCUUCAUCCUUCAAACGGGAGGAAGAGUCGCGGUUAGUUACGGGCUCCCUCCUCGUUCUCCUCUCGCUCGUUCAUCCACCACACAAUGUCUGAUGGAAAGUUCUGGAUUUACUGAUCAGAUAAACAGUGAAAAGCUUCUAUUUAAUGUUUCCAUUGAUGCAUCACUGGAGGAACUGGACCAAAAUACUGAAUCUUUAAAGGAUGAUGGGAGGUUUUAUGCUGCUGAGGGUCGAGAUUUGCUCCUUUUUCAGAUCUUUUCAGACUUCUGUGGUCCAGAGACUCGUGUUCUGCAUUCUGAGAAUCACAAACCUGAACAUUUAAACGGUUUGGUUUGUCUUGUGAAGGACUUCCGGUCUCUCUGAUUGUUAUUAUUUUAAGAAGGAGAAAAACAAAUAUUUCUAGAAUUUCAGAAAAUAUAUGUAAUAUACAGUGCAAAUUAUAUGAUAAAGAACACUUAUGGUUUAAAGUGAAAUUCAAUUUUUAUAAUCUAUAAAAAACAAAAUCAAAUUAUCUUUUCAAAUGGAGUAUUUGUUUGUAACAAGAGUAAAAUAUUUGAUGUUUUUGUUUAAAAAAAAACUUUUAAUAGUUUGAAAUAAAGGAUGUGUCUGGUUUUUCUGUGGUUUAAAUGAAGAAAACGCUACAAAAAAUAAAUGAACAUUUCCAUAAGUUGAACUGAAAUGUUAAUGGACCAAAAAAUAAAAAAAUAAAAGGAUAUUUUCCAUAAAGCC